AUGGUUGCCUUCAGCCGCCCCCUCGUCUCCGUGAAGGCCCUGGAGGGCGACAUGGUGACCGACGCCCCCGGCAUCGCCCUACCGCCCGUCUUCGGGGCGCCGAUCCGCCCUGACGUGGUCCGCUUCGCCCACAAGCUUCUGUCCUGCAACAAGCGCCAGCCCUACGCCGUCUCCCGCCGCGCCGGCCACCAGACGUCGGCCGAGUCCUGGGGUACCGGGCGCGCCGUGUCCCGUAUCCCCCGCGUCCCGGGCGGCGGCACCCACCGCGCCGGCCAGGGAGCCUUCGGCAACAUGUGCCGCGGCGGCCGCAUGUUCGCGCCCACCAAGAUCUGGCGCAAGUGGCACCACCGCGUCAACAUCAACCUCCGCCGCGUCGCCGUCGCCUCCGCGCUCGCCGCCACCGCCGUCCCGGCCCUCGUCCAGGCGCGCGGCCACCGCAUCGAGACUGUCCCCGAGAUGCCCCUGGUCAUCUCCGACUCGGCGGAGUCCAUCGAGAAGACCGCCCAGGCGAUCAAGAUCCUCAAGCAUAUCGGCGCCUACGCCGACGCCGAGAAGGCCAAGGACUCCGUCGCCAUCCGCCCCGGCAAGGGGAAGAUGCGCAACCGCCGCUACAUCAACCGCAAGGGCCCGCUCAUCGUCUACGGCACCGAGGGCUCCAAGGUCGUCAAGGCCUUCCGCAACCUCCCCGGUGUGGAUGUCGCCAACGUCGAGCGCCUCAACCUGCUCGACCUCGCCCCCGGUGGCCACCUCGGGCGCUUUGUGAUCUGGACAGAGAGCGCGUUCAAGAAGCUUGAGGAGGUGUAUGGGAGCUUUGACGCCCCGUCGCUCAAGAAGAAGGGCUUCGUUCUGCCGAGGCCCAAGAUGACCAACGCUGACCUGGGCAGGAUCAUCAACUCUGACGAGGUGCAGUCUGUGGUGAAGCCACUCAACAAGGAGGUGAAGCGCAGGGAGAAGCGGAAGAACCCGCUCAAGAAUAUGGCUGCUGUGCUCAAGCUCAACCCCUACCUCGGCACUGCCCGGAAGAUGGCCACCCUUGCUGAAGCUGCUCGCGUCAAGGCCCGGAAGGAGAAGCUCGACUCCAAGAGGACCAAGCUUAGCCCGGAGGAGGCUGCCAAGGUCAAGGCUGCUGGCAAGGCAUGGUACAAGACCAUGAUCUCAGACAGUGACUACACUGAGUUUGAGAACUUCACAAAGUGGCUCGUGCCGUUUGGCUUUGUAAUAUUUGGCUACGGGAUCCCUUGUUGGGCUUGA